ACACGUUGCCUUGGGAGAAGCAACACGGGCCGAUCACUGGCUCACACGUCGCACGUCCAGCACAUCAGCUGCUCUCUGCUCGAUAGUCCUGCCGGAUUUACCGCUGAACAAAGGGGAGAGUUGGACCAGCCACCGCAUCCCGAGAAGGACAGUGAUGAUCAAUGCUAGUUAGAGCCUGCAGUUGAGGAUGUCUGCUACAGAUUCGGACAACUCCAUUGACUGGCUGGCUAGUGACAAUGAGGAAAACGAGAGUGAACAAGAGUCUGACUGCACUACAAAGCCCAGCCAGACAGAGGCUUCCUCGUCCCCCAGCAACCCUUCACACCUGGGCCCGUCUGAAAGCAGCUGCUGUCGGAGCUGCGAGUUAAAAGAGGGCGACAGUAAGUGGAGUGAGGUCAGGGAGGUCUCCAGCCGGGGAUCUCCCGGCUGCAUGGAGAAAUGGGACAGAGGCAUGAUAACUGGACUGUGUAAAACACAGCAAGGAGGAAAAGUGAAUGGCAAAAACGCUCAGCAACUACUGAAGAGACCUUACAGCUCUGCAGAGGAGCAGUCCAAAGAACGGCAGCUCAUUUCCAACACAUCGGAGAAAGACCAGAUUUUUAGCAGAAAGUGCAUGGAGCUACAAUGCUACAUCCAUCCCCUGUCAUCAAUUUUAAACGGCCUUCGUUCAGGGAGAUACAAAGAAAGACUCAGCAGUUUCCAGGAGAGUGUGGCCAUGGACAGGAUUCAGAGGAUCAUGGGUGUCCUACAGAACCCCUUCAUGGGGGAGAAAUAUAUUGAUAUCAUUCUGAAAAUGGAGGAAAUGCUGAAGAGCUGGUUCCCUAAUGUAAAACUCCAAGACCAACUCACUGUCACCCAGACAGAGGAAGCCGUUGCCAGCAAGAGGCUUAAGCAGCUGUCUCCAGUGACCACCUCUGCAGCAGUGAGCCCUGCGACGGUCAGUGAUCCUCCAGCCAGCAUCAAGGCCCUGAGAGUCACAGACCUGACCCCUCCUGGAGCCUACUCCGCCAAUAACCUGAAAUGGCUCCACACGUCGCCCAUCUGCUCCCCUACAGCAGAGCAGGCCCAGGCUGGUCCCAGGCACCUGCUGACCCCCAGAGACAGAGACCUAACGCAGGACAAUGCUGUCUCCUCCAGCACAGACAGCCACACUCAGACAGACUCUGUUCCCAGAGGCCCUCCACCAGGCAAAAUCAACGCACCCUGCCUAGAGAGGCUCCUUAAAUCAACAGACAGCAUCAUCACACGCAAGGGGACAGGGAGUUUCAUGGACAGCAGCUGGUCCUAGUCCGAAAAGAGGGUUGGGUGUCCAGCUGUAUCUGGUGCACAGCCCAGCCUCGCCUUGCCCAGCCUGCCGGGAGCCAGUCAGCUCGCUUAGCUCAUUCCAGCCUUCAAGAGAGAUGGGAGCAUUUAAAAAGGGAUGUCACAGAUUCCUCCUCAGUGUGGAACGAGUGUUGACGAACAUGUACUCUCUGCGUGGCAACGUGCCCUCUCUGACAUGACAAGUGUCUGCUUUUGUUCCCUUUUGUUGUCUUUUCCCUGUUUUUCAUUUGCACUCUUGAAUUAUGUGUGUGAGAGUCAGAAGGAUAGAUUUCACAUGCCCAGAUACCCAGAGCAAGUAUUGUACAUGACUGAACUGUUCCCACUGGCUUAUAGGUGUAAUAAUACAGAUAUUGAGCAUUUUUGAAACAGCAGUUAUGCCUGAAAGGGAGAGACACACAGUGGACGUUUGAGCUGGAAAGAAGGAUAUUCAGAUAUCCAGACAUGUCAGUGCUCUACAUAUUGUUGUGCUGAAAAAGUGGGUGAAACGUGAUGUUGCCCUCCCUCCCUCCCUCCCCACAACUCCACUCUUAAGUUUAUUGAUGUGACUGUUACUCUUUUCUUUAUUAAUAAGUCUUUUGGUACAACUGUUCUACCUCAGUGAGCACCACGUCAUGGUUAGUGAGUAGGAAUGUGAACACUAUGCUCAAAGUCUGGACCCCCUCACCAGAUCCGCAGUGAGCCAAACAGCCUCCGACAGCGAGGUAUGCAGUACAAACAGAGGAUGCUCUCUCCAUGGGGAUGCUCCUGCGGCCUGACUGGUGCCAUUGUAAAGAAUGUCAACUGCAGAUUUGUUUUUUUUUUGGGUUUUUUUUUGAGUCUCCCAGUAGAAGGCGAACAGUGCCUGUAACGUCAAGCUGUGCCUGUAAGCCGGUUUAAUAAAGAGAGAGAAGCAUUUGGAGUACCUGCUCCUCUGUGGGAUGUACAAAUCAGGAAUUUCACUCUCCUGCCAUUUUCCUGUAUUGAGUAAGUUAUUCAGAUUUGCCAACUACUUUCUGUGGUGGAGUAGAACAAUUGCUAUUUUAUUUUGCCACAGAGCUGGACAGUAUGUUAGACCAGCAGAGGGGCGAGGUAUUUGUCCGUGUAAAUCUUACAGAGAGGUUGUCAAUUAACCCUGAAAAGUGGCCUUUAUAGUGUGAAAUUUUAUACUUUAAAAAUAAACGUGGUUAUAUUUGUUUGA